GUAUCACAUGCGUCAAAUUUAUGCGCCUACGGUUCGCCGUAGAUUGCUAGACGACGUCGUUUGAGCGUUUGUAAUAAAUGCGAAUACCCGUAUUAAUAUACGAAAUAUCGCAUGACGUAGAUUGAUUGAAUGUCAACAGACGUUUGUUUACUAGUUCAUUGUACCAUGUUUGCUGUAGUGGGAGAGAAAUAAAUACAAAGAUUAAUAGAUGAAAAGGAAUCGAAAAGCACGCAAAGGACGAUAAAAAGGUCUGUCAACUUAUUUCGUUCGUUCUUGAGCCAGAGGAGUCAAAGUACUGAGUUCGAGAGUUUCAGUAAACAGGAGCUUAACGAAAAUCUGAGAUUAUUUUACGUCGCCAUUCGAACAAAGUCGGGAAGUAGUUUGAAAGUAAGCUCACUGAACAGUAUAAGGUACGGACUCGCCAAAUUCAUAAAGGAUUCAUGCCAAGUAGAUAUUUUGACUGACCCGGAAUUCAGUGAAUCAAAGAAGGUGUUUAAAGCAACCCUAACUGACAUGAAGAAAAAGGGAUUUGGUUCCGUUGAUCACAAGCCAGCAAUUUCUUCGGAGGAUUUGAAACAACUUUACGAGCCCAACAACACCGUUUUUAAUACCGAAACACCCUGUGGUCUCCAAAAUAAGGUGUGGUUUGACUUGAUGUUUUACUUAUGUCGCAGAGGCCGUGAGAACUUAAGGAAUAUGACCAAAAGUACUUUCUCAACUGACAUAGAUGCUUGUGGACGAGAAUUUGUGUUCCAAGCCAUAGAUGAAGCUGAUAAAAACCACAGAUCUAGUGCACCGGAUGAGACAGUUGGAGAGGCGAGGAUGUAUUCCCAGCCAGGAAAUGUUCAGUGUCCAGUUACUUCUUUCAAAAAGUAUCUGAAUAAACUACAUCCUGAAAUUGAUGCACUUUGGCAGCGACCCUUGAAUUCAUUUGACGAAAACAGUUCUGUUUGGUACUGUAAAUCUCCUUUGGGGAAAAACAUUCUUUCCAACAUGAUGCCUGAAAUUUCUAAACUUGGAAAGUUAUCGAGGAUUUAUACCAAUCACUCAAUUCGGGCCACUGUCAUCACAGCGUUAGACAACGCAGGCGUGGAAGCAAGGCACAUCAUGUGUGCCUCUGGCCACAAAAAUGAGGCUUCCAUUCGUAGUUAUGCUUGUCGCCUAAAUGAUACUAAAAAGAGAGAAAUGUCUGAAUGCCUUGGUGGAAUACUUGGAAGUCAAUCACGCUCAAAUUCUGAUGCCAAUACUGUCUCUACAGCUACCGGUAUUGUAGGAACAAGUCUUAAGGAAAACGAGUUUCCUGAAAUAACGCCUGAAGAAUUAGAUUCUAUUUUCAGUGAUUCCACUUUUGACGAACUUUCUCACAGUGUUGUUAGCAGUGAAAAUGUUCCAAAUGCUCAGCCUCUAAGUGUGUUGAAUCUUAAUGCAAUACCCACAAGCUUAUCUACUAGUACAGGGUUUCAUGUUUACCCAACAAUGAAUAACUGUGUUGUGAACUUUAAUUUUGGUCCCCAAAAGUGAAAUGUGAUUUGUUGAAUUAUGAAAGAAAUUUACCAUUUUAAACUUGUUUACUUUGAAUUGCUUUCGCCAUUUUGACUUUUUCUUGUUACAUCUUUAAAAUAUUGAAAACAUUAUAGAUUUAAAAAAACAAUAGCAAACUGUGAUCUGUAUCCAGGACUGUGAUUUGUUGAUUAUUACAGAAUUCACAAUUUUAAGCUUGUUAACUUUGAAUUAUAUCACCAUGUUUACUUUAAUUUUUUGUUUACAACACCAUAGAUAAA